UGAGUUACAUCUUCACAUGAUGAUUCACACAGGAGAGAAACCUUUCUCAUGUGGUAGCUGUGGAAGAGGUUUCAGAUGCAAAACACGUUUAACUCGUCACAUGAUGAUUCACACAGGUGAGAAGCCUUUUUCAUGUGUGAUCUGUGGAAAAAGUUUUGCCAUAAGACCUAAUUUAACUUAUCACAUGAGGACUCACACAGGAGAGAAGCCUUUCUCAUGUGUGACCUGUGGAAAAGGUUUAUCCACUAGAGCUACUUUAACUCAUCACAUGAGGACUCACACGGGAGAGAAGCCUUUCUGCUGUGUGAACUGUGGAAAGUGUUUCAGAUUCAAAUCUAGUUUAACUCGUCACAAUAUGAUUCAUACAAAUGAGAAGCCUUUCUCUUGUGUGGCCUGUAAAAAAAAAUUCACAAGAAAAUCUUAUGUACUUCUUCACAUGAGGACUCACACAGGUGAGAAGCUUUUCUCAUGUAAGAGCUGUGGAAUAAAAUUCUUCACUAAAAUUCUUUUGGCUUCUCAUAUGAAGACUCAUAAAUGUGAAAGGCCUUUCUUGUGCGAAACCUGUGAAAAACGUUUCAGGAAGAAAUCACAAUUACUUAUUCAUAUGAGGACUCACACAGGAGAGAAGCCUUUCAGCUGUGUGAACUGUGGAACGUGUUUCAGAUUCAAAUCUAAUUUAACUCGUCACAGUAUGAUUCAUACAAACGAGAAGCCUUUCUCUUGUGUGACCUGUAAAAAAAAAUUUACAAGAAAAUCUUAUGUACUUCUUCACAUGAGGACUCACACAGGUGAGAAGCCUUUCUCAUGUACAAGCUGUGAAAAAAGCUUUUCUAAUAAAAUUGGUCUAACUUACCACAUAAAGACUCACAGUGGUGAAGAGUGUCUUGCUUGCGGGACUUGUGGAAAAAGCUUUCAAUUCAAAUCUCAGUUCAAUCGUCAUAUGCAGAGUCACACAAGUGAUCAGCCUUUCUCAUGUCCAAGCUGUGGAAAGAAAUUCUUGUCUAAAAUCCUGUUAGCUUCUCACACGAAGACUCACAAAUAUGUAAAGUCUUUCUUGUGUGAGACCUGUGAAAAACGUUUCAGGACGAAAUCACAAUUACUUAUUCAUAUGAGGACUCACACAGGAGAAAAGCCUUUCUCAUGUAUGACAUGUGGAAAAGGUUUUGCCAAAAGAUCUUCUUUAACUUAUCACAAGAUGAUUCACACAAGUGAGAAGCCUUUCUCAUGUGGGACCUGUGGAAAAUGUUUCCUAAGAAAAUAUCAGUUACUUCUUCACAUGAGAAUUCACACAGGUGAAAAACCUUUUUCUUGUGUGACUUGUGGAAGAAGUUUUACUUACAGAGCCGGUUUAACUUAUCACAUGAUGACUCACUCAAGAGAAAAGCCUUUUUUCUGUGGGACUUGUGGAAAAAGAUUCCGAAGUAGAAGUCAUUUAAAUCAUCACACGAAUAUUCACACUGGUGAGUAGCUUUUCUUGUGAGACUUGUGUAAAAUGUUUCCUUCUAAAAGGUUGUUGUGAUCCACACAUUAAAGGUCAAGCAUAUGAGAAGCCUUUCACAUGUGUGACCUGUGGAAAAAGCUUAACAACCAAAUCAAAUUUAAAUCAUCACAUAUGUGACGAAUGUGAACCUCAAGAGUCAAGUAGUUUUAUCUUUCCAUUUAAAAUGUUUUUAAAAUGUUUAUUUUAUGUUGGCUAUUAACCAGGAAGUGUCUUUAAAGGAAGUAUUAUGUACAUAGUGUGUAAAUUUAUUUUACAAGUGAUAUUUUUAGAGUAUUAAAGGAACAUUAGAUUUAGACGUAAAUAUUUGGAGUUCUUGUGUUUGUAUUACGGAGCCCAUAAGGGGACAUGGAGAAAAAAAAACAAUCCCGACUUACUUUCUCAAGAUCCAGAGAAACUUUUUGAAAAAUUACGCGUUUCUCUUUGGGGUGAAAAGGCUGUUUAUGCAGCUUCUGCAAAGCUGGUACUGGUGGUUUAAUUUAAACGGGAGAGGUGGAGGAUGAUUUACGUUUCCUACAGUCUAGAGAUGUUACAGAUGAGGAUAUUAUGCUAAGAGACACGAAGCUAAAGUUGGUUUCCGAUUUCAGCUUCCUGUUCAGGAAAUGGCUAAAGAGCAAUUCCACCUAUUUUUUCGCUACCUUCAGUAUCUUUUAUCUACUCUAGUUAAACUAAAACACCUUGAUAGGUAUUUUCUUAACCUACAUACAAAAGAACCACAGACAAAGUUUUUUAGUUUUCAGCCAAACCUUAACAAAAGGAGAAGACACAGCAAACGGCUUCUACAAGCUGCUCACCGUGCCUUUGAAAACCUUCAGUUAGGGCUUGUCUUUUAUUAGCAGGGAAGGGAGUGGACAACAGAAAAGGCAAGUUUUUAUCUUUGCACACAGUUCAUCGAGUUCUUUCUCAUGAGGGCGCGGGAAGAUGAAAAACUGUUGUUAGAGAUAAUUACGUAACAGAGACAUUCUGUAAGUGUGGGUCAGAAGUUUCAACAUAGCAUCCGCUUACACACACAGUAGAAAUCUAAAACCUUUAAAUGAGAAACAAACUAGUAAUGUGUGUGAUAACAACACAUAAUAAUUCUAACACACCUAGACUUUUCAAACCUGGACUAGAUUAUUCUGCUUUAGUCACUGGAUCAUUUGAGUAGAAUGAAAAGAAAAGUCAAAAUAGGCAAAUUUGUGUUUCAAAAAAAAAAUUCAAACUUGUAGAUAUUUUUAAUCCCAGCUUUUCUUUGAUUUUUGAACGUCUCUCUCUCUAUUUCUGCUAGUUGCAUGAAAAACAUCUCAGUGCAAAAAAAAAGACAGUUAUCAAUUAUUUUUCUGUUUUUUAUGCACAGUUAUUUUUGGACAGUCAUAUUGCUUCAUUCACUGUAAUUCUCUGACAUCUCGUCCAUUUGGCCAUCCUCAUUUUGCUCCACUGCCUCAGCCCUGGUUACUGCUCUUAUGUUUUCCAGGACAUUUAUGUCCUGCAUUACAUCCCAAACUGACUGACUGUAGACUUCUCAUAUGUGCAAUCUGAUGGAUUUCCUUAGAAAUACAUUUUUUAAACUACUUUGAAUAAUUGACUGAGCUCAUGGUACUGUUUGAUAACUAGAAUCAAAUCUUGCUACACUGAAUAUAAAAAAAUGAGACAGAAUAGAAAGCUAAAAGUGGAAAACUGCAAAAUAAUACUAAUUUCGGAGAAGGGGGGAGUUCAGUUUUCAUGUGGAUAGAAAUUAAGUACUGAAAUCACAAACAUGGUUUUAAAUAUUCUGCUAUUAGAGCAGAAUAAUCUAGUCCAGCUUUGAAAAGUUGAGGUGUUUCAGUUUUUUUAACUAGAGUAGAUAAAAGAUACUGAAGUUAAAAAAUGAAUAUGUGGAAUCACCCUUUAGCCAUUUCCCCGUGGGUCUUCGUAUUUUAUCAUUUGUUGUACUUAUUUUUUUCAUGAUUUUGGUUAGUGGAUACAUGUUAGCAGUUACUGUAUGCAGUGGUGGAGUAACAAAUGAAUUGUGCUUUGAGUAUCAUGUUUUCAGCAUUUGAUAUAUAUUGUUACAAAGUAACAACCGUUAAUCAUGCAUCUUACUCACAUUUCUUUAUUUUAUAUGUUUUUUUUAUUAAUUUGAUGUUAUGUUGGAAUUUUAAAUGUCAUGUUUUCAUUACUUGUAAAUGGAAAAUCAUUGUAUUUAACAGAAAUAAAGGCUUUCAAACAUCUAUUUAUGUAUUUUAAUGCACAUAACGUGUCAGACUUGGUCAUAAAGAUUAUGAGCUAAAAGGACUGUUAGGUAAUAUUCUAAUUGACUAAACGAGUCUGUAAAUCGCUGCGUACUUGCCACAUGUUUGGUGCAUAAUGUUCACAGAUUCCUGGUGGAUGCCCAUCA